AUGCCUCGCUAUGCUUCAUCGAUGACAAAGGACCUAACCCCAUUUGAGCUCAGUCUUUGCUGGAAGAGCUACAAGCAAAAAUACAAGCCGAUCGUUCGGUUUGUCAAUGAUAUCAUACCUUCAAAUCUGGAGAAUACUAGAGCUGCAUCCCUCACGCAAUCUCUUAACCUCAUUGAGACUCUGAAAAGAGUUUCUGAGAGCGAGGGCAUGACACGGACUCUGCAUGUACUACCAGAUUUAUGGAAGGGGAUUUCAGAGACCCUUCGUAGCCAUGAGGCCAGUAUCCACCCUGAUGGCGGCUGCACUCGUUGUGGCCCUUCAUCAGCCUUUGUGGGCUUUGAUCUUAACCGUUCUGUCAUCAGUGGCAAGAUGUACUGGCGUCUCCCAACAUGUCAGGAUACGAAGGGUGCAUUGGAGCUUCUUGACAAAGCCUUUGCCAGAUCUGCACUGGUCGAUGAAUACUUUGCCUCCUCGACAUUCCUUUCCUCGUGGGCACAGGUUCGGGCCCAUAUGGAAAGUAAUCCGGAAGCCCUCGUGCCUCGGAUGCUGUCGGUGGAUGCGACAACUUUCCCGGCAUCAAGGAUCAAGAUCUACGCGCGAUGCUUGUUCAAUGAGAGGAGAUCAUUCGAUGAUUGGGAAAGACAUCUCAAUCUCGACGGGGCAAUAACAUACCCGGAAGACUUUCGCUCGACAGCUUGCAACCUGUGGACAUCGCUUGCAACCAGUCCCGAGGAGUGGAUACAUACCAGACCGGAAGCCGGUCCGAAGAAUUGUUUGAUUUUAUAUGAAAUGACGACGUCCUCAUUGCCCAGUGCGAUGGAUAAAAGCUAUGAUUUGAAGAGAAAUCUCUCGAGCAAGCUCUAUAUAAUGUGUCAUGAGAUUCCUCGCAGGGAUUCUGUGGUCGCCAAACAGUUACUGCGCCAUUGUCCACUGGCUGCCCAUGCAGAAAUAUUACAGCACUUCGCUGACACUUCAUCGCCAACAAAUUUUAUCUCAGAGUAA